GGCGCUACGGAGGCGGCGUAAGGCGUCCCGCGCCGCUCGCGCCCCGCCUCGGACGCGGCGUGGGAGGAGGAGAACCCGCGCCGCGAUGUGGCAGCGCUCGGUGUGCGUGGGCCUGCUGGCCUUAGCGCUGGGCUACCUCUGCCUGCUCGGCCCCGAGCUACCCCACUCGGCGCUGCGGCACCUCUCCGCCUCGCUGCUGGGCGGGCUGCGCCACGCUCGCUCUCUAGAGGCCCGCAUGGUGACAGCCUGGCAGGCGGCCAUCGUCCGGCCGGGGCGGCCCUGGGCGCGCGUCGCCGUCGGUGUUAACGCCUGUGUAGAUGUGGUUCUGUCCGGUGUGAAGUUGUUAGAGGCGCUCGGUCUUGAACCUGGGGAUGGAAGAAAUCAUGCGGUCCUGAACUCCAGACAGGACCUGAAAGAAGCAUUCGCUCACUUCAUGGAAAAAGGUGCAGCUGCCGAGCGCUUCUUCAGUGAUGCCGAGUCCUUCCAUCACAUUGCACGGACAGCCUCCGAGUACCCCGGUGCACAGCUUUACGUAGGAGGAAAUGCUGCACUCAUUGGUCAGAAGCUUGCAACAAAUCCAGACCUGAAGAUCCUCCUUUGUGGCCCAGUUGGUCCUAAACUCCAUGAACUACUUGACGAUAAUGUGGUUGUACCACCUGAAUCCAUGCAGGAAAGAGAUGAAUUCCACCUUAUCUUGGAGUAUCAAGCAGGUGAAGAGUGGGGAAAAGUGAGAGCACCCACUGCCAACCGCUUUAUCUUCUCCCAUGACCAAUCCAAUGGUGCCUUAAAUAUGCUGGAAGUGUUUGUGUCCACCUUGGAUGAAUUUCAGCCAGAUCUUGUGGUACUUUCAGGACUUCACAUGAUGGAAGGCCAGAGCAAGGAGAUGCGUCAGAGGCGACUUAUGGAGGCUGUGGCCUCCAUCUCCGAUAUCCCUACGGACAUUCCUAUACACCUGGAGUUGGCCAGUAUGACAGAUCAAGAUUUUAUGAGCAACAUUAUACAUCAGCAGGUCUUUCCCCUGGUGAAUUCCAUUGGGCUGAACGAGCAGGAGCUGCUUUUCCUGACACAGUCUGCCUCUGGUCCCCACGCAUCACUCACUUCCUGGAGCGGAGUUCCCGAUGUGGGUGUAGUCAGUGAUAUCCUUUUCUGGAUCCUGAAGGAGCAUGGGAAGACUGCAGAGCGGGCCUCCGAUCUCACACGGAUUCACUUCCACACUCUGGCCUAUCACAUCCUCGUCACAGUGGAUGGGUACUGGGGCAACCAGGUGGCUGCGGUGGCUGCCGGGGCGAGAGCAGCAGGGACUCAGGCCUGCGCAACCGAAACCAUCGAUACCAGCAAAGUCUUCCUGAAAGCUCCACUGGAGUUUGUCACCUCCCAGACAGGAGCACCUGCCAAAAUCUCUUUAAAUCCAGAUGAGCCGGUGGUGCAUUGGCACAGAGAAGGCAUCUCGUUCCACUUCACUCCUGUUUUGGUGUGUAAAGAUCCUGUUCGGACCGUGGGACUCGGGGAUGCGAUUUCAGCUGAAGGACUGCUAUACUCAGAAGCAUAUCCUCAGUAGAAGACCGAGACCCUCCUCUUUCUCCAGUACUGUACGGCACCUGAGGAACCACGGUGUUCUCAGUCGGGUUUAGGCCAGUGGUGAAAAGGAAUAGGAACGGAAUUGGGGUAUGGUGCUUUCUGGAUGUAAGUGAAAAAGAGCCAAAGAAUAAUUCCAGGUAUAAACUGUCAGAUACAUUCCAGUCUCAUGGCAGUGACUCAAAUACUUCAUAUUUAGGUGCAGAUGGUUUACUAUUUAAUGUGAAAAUUGGCUUUGCUUUGUCUUAAACAUGUGGGGAGAGAAAUGAAUACCAAAACCCUUGUUUGAUGUAGGUUUGCUGUUUGUAACUGAGUGGAUCUUGUCUGUUAGUGCUGGGAAGUCCGGCAGCCAGGAGAGUUUCCUGCGCAUGGGUCCCAGAGAGGGCACAGCAGUGCUUGGCCCUGCCUUGCCUCGCCUCAGAUAAAUUAAAAAUAAAAGGCUGUUGCAUUACCUCCUCACAGCACGCUGCUACGUGGCAAGAGCAAACCUUCCGCUUGCUUGGUGUGAUGAUGAAAUCUUUUACUGAUGAAAUUACCUCUCAGUUCGGUGCCCCCAGCAUUGGAUGGAGCCAGAGUCCCGGAAUGCGAUGCACAGAGAGCACCUCCCUCAAGGCUGCGUGGGUUACUUUGGGUGUCUGUUGCCUCGAAGACUAAAAACGUUCAACUGAGCCCUAGCAGACCAUGCUUACUCUUUGGGCAAGGAGAAGUGAAGAGGGUUUAUAUUUGGGGAGACAACUUGAUCUUCUGGCCAGGUAAACCCCAAGUAAAACUGUGUGUGCUGUACACUUGAUACCAGGAGUCCCAGCCCAGGGCUCGCAGCCAGGGUUCACUGUAGCUGUGGGUGCUUCUCUCUGGUGUUUUACAGAAAAGUUGCUGAGUGCUGAGACUCAUUUUUCUAUUUGAGAAUGCUUGUGCAGUUCUCUCCCAUUUCUCUGCCUUUUGGUUUUUCCUUCAACCAGGUCGCUGAUGGUUCCUUUGCUCUAGGCAGCCUUUGAAAUUAAAAACAUAGAGCUACGUGUCUUUUCAAUACUUAUAUUUUUUCAUUUCCAUAGUAGUGUGCUAUGGAUUGCAUAGCACCCGCAUUUUUUGUCUCUUUACAGCAUGGUUUUGUCUCUGUCCACGUCCAGGAACGUCAGGUGUUUGCACGGCUAUCACACAGGCAUUUUUAGUGUAACUGGAUUAAAUGCAGCCAGCAAGUCUACACAGGCUUGCGCUGUGCCAGGGUCUGUAGGAGGCAGCUUUAGGUCAGUCUUUGCCGCUAAGGGGAGGAGUGUCUAUAUCAGUAAUGCUGUUGUUGCUGUCAGUGAGGUUUUCUGCUUGGAAAGUGCCAUUGUGAGUGCUCUGUGAGGAUAAAAAUCAGGAGCUGUUGUAACUUGUACUGACUUAGCACAAAACGCUGACCGUCAGCCCGCAGUUAACUUCUGCUGCCCCUUUGAGCAGUGCCCUGUGUUGUACCGGAGGAGAGGUACAGCCAGGGAAGUUGUGCUUCCCUGCCACUUGUCCCAUCCUCAUCUUCCAAGGAGUCUCAGCAUUUCUCUUGGGGUGGAAUCUUAAGACUGGAAGUAUUUCUAUCUAGAUUUUUUUUUAUUAUUAUUGAUAAAUUGUAGCAUGGGACUUGGAGUUCCGGUUUAAUCCUCCUACAGGAAAAAACUGAGAACUGUCUCCUCUCGGCUGUCUCGGCCUUCUGGCACAGCACCUCUAGUGCCACCAGAGGCUGUGCAGCCUGCCGGCACAGAACCCAUCUUUCACUUAUCCUGGGUCCCACUUUCCUGACAGUGGGCCAGGCUGUGUGGAUUCAUAAGUUGGAAAUGGAACAAAACUAAAUACACACAAGCUGUCACCAGCAACUGUCCUGCUGCUGUGUUCCACUGCUGUCUUCCAAACCCAUGGGGCUGGGAUGCCAGGCUGGUUGGAGUGCGUUGCCUUAUGGCCAUUUGCAAUCGUGUAACAGCACCAACAGAACUUGUCUGAGGGUGAGUUAUGCCUGGGUUUAACCGGAAUGUGCCAUUGGAAUUGCAGAACAAGCUCUGAACCAGUCUCUGUGAUAACUGAACUGUGCUGAGGGGCAGGACCCGCAGCCUUGUUGUUCGCGUGCUGUGAACAUAAUGCACUGAAUGCCCCUUUUCCUCUCCCCCUUUACAAUUAAUACAGUCAGCGUUGCAGAGUCUCUUGAACUCCUUUUCCUGCCAGUGGGGGCUGUCACACCUCUGCAUAGCUACAAACAGAGACCACAAAGAGAAACUGCUUUGUCUUUUCCAGACCAUGCUGGACAGCACAAAUGGAAAUAGCAAGUGGGUUUUUUUGGUCUGUACAGGGGGAAAAAAAAAAACAGUGAAAUUUCUAGUAGUUGUGGGUUUUGUUUGGCUGAUUUGGGAUUUUUGUGAAAUUCAAAAGUCCUUGGUAGGUGAGAGAUUUUUAAACAAAUCUAACGGAUUCUGAAAAUCCUGAGCUCUGUUCACCGUGAAGAAACAAAAAAAGUUGCAGAGUAGCAAAGUUUCCACCCCAGCUUGAAAUAAUCACUCUGUCUCUCUCUCUCCCCUCAAACUCUGUAUGUUCUCACGUGUUCCUCCUCCCCUGGGACCCGAGCCUCAGCUGGCCUCGCACUCCCAGGCAGGGGUGCCACAGAAUGCUGAUCUACACACAGUUCACUAACGAUGCAAUCAAUGAGUUCAUCACUGGAGCAGCUCUCGAGGUGAUAAAAUCUGUGCACGUUGGUAUUUCCACCUCUGCGCCUGCAGCCAGUGCAGCCACGCUGGGUUUGGGUGGUUGUCUGACCCCCACCCCCACACAUCCCAGGAACAGAACUAAAAAGUAGGGGGGUUAAACAGUGCAAUCUGCAGAUGCUGCUUGUGGUUGGCUUUUUAAUUCUGUCAUCCUGUCCUGAUGUAUGAGGAAUUUGUGCCACAACUAUGAAUUAUGG